UCGCCACCAACAAACACGCACAAACAGAGACACCUGUACACACACACAGACAUGUACAUAUACACACACAGAAACAUGUACACACACACACACAUACAGACACAUGUAUACACACACAGGCACGUACAGACACUCAUACACACAGAUACAUGUACAUACGCAGAAAUACACAUGCACAGACACAUGUACAUACACACAGACACAUGUACAUACAUACACAGACACAUGUACACACAGACACAUGUACAAUUGUACAUGCAUACACACACACCGCAUAAAAAGUUGCAGUACUUUGUUGUUCACUCACAGAUCCAGGUACUGCACUCUAGGGGGAGGCAGAGAGCACAGCACACACUCUUUGCUUUGCUUUCACUGCGCUCAGCUAUUGAGCAGUCUGAUGGCUCCCAGUGCCAAUGACAGAUCCG